CUUAGUCAUCCUUGCACAGAAGAGGGGCAUCGCCACACACACAUAUCCUUGCUAUACAGCAGCAGCAGCACAUGCUCGCACACCGUCUCCGACCACGUGCCCUCCGCCUCUUGUCGCCGUUGGCCAGCAGCAGCAGCAGCACCGCACUCGUCCGCGCCCGCACAGCUCACCUCCCGCAGAAGCAGCAGUCGGCGUUCAGCAGAGCCUCACACACCAUGUCCUCGUCCGCACCCGCACCAGUCUACAAGACAUGCGCCUCGACCGACGCGCCCGCCGCACUGGGCCCGUACUCGCAGGCUGUCGUGCACAACGGGCUCGCGUUCAUUAGCGGCUGCGUCCCCUUUGACCCCGCGACCAUGCGCAUCGUUGACGGCGGCGCCCCCAGCGACGCACCCGGCGCCAUCGAGGCGCAGACCCAGCAGGCCCUUUCUAACCUCUUCGCCGUACUGCGCGCCGCCGGCGCCGACCGCAACAGCGUGCUCAAGACCACCGUCUUCCUCAAGGACAUGAACCACUUUCAGCGCGUCAAUGCCGUCUAUGAAAAGAUGUUUGCGCCCUACAAACCAGCGCGCUCUGCCGUCGAGGUCGCCCGCCUGCCGUUCGACGUCGCCGUCGAAGUCGAGUGCAUCGCCGCCGUUAUCAACGAGCAGAAAGAAGAAUGAGGAGCAAGGACUGCCGGCACAAGGCACAUGCUAGCGCUACAUAGACACAGACCCCCCGCGUGAACAAGUGAUCGCUAAGUAUGUACCACACCGUUGCAAAAUGACAAUCGCCGCCUUGCUUUAGCGCUCGCGGUGACAGAGCGGCGCAU